AUGGCAUCCACUGCAGGGACCAGAUACAGCUUGAUUCCUAAACAGAAAUACAAACGUGGCAAGCGGUGCUCCAGACUGCGCUGCAGCAGCUUGGACACAGAUUCCCAGCCCCUGUCCCCACUUGGGUAUUUUCAAACUCUCCCAUUAGAGAUCUUUCAAAUGAUAUUGGUUUAUCUUUCAGUGAAGGAUAUCAGCAUGCUGAGCAUGGUGUCGAAAGCCGUCAGCCACCACCUUAUUAAUUACAUCUCAACCCCAUCAGGAAACCGAAGGCUUAUAUGGCAGGACUUUCAUAACCCUGAGCCACCUGGCAGGAGAGAAGGGUCCUUAAUUUUAGAGCACUACAAAUCUCUAGGCUUAAUGCUGAAGAGAUGUACUCUCUUGUUGCCUACCAAAGACAGACUGAAGUUCAUCCACCGAGUUAUCUCAGAAGUUUCCUGUUUUAAACUGAGUGGUUGUCCAAAUCCUCUGCAAUGUUUAGGAUUACAGUGCUACGGGGUAUUUUUACAGAUCCUAACGUCAGGCUGGGAUGAACUGGAGUGUCACCGCGUUUUUAACUUCCUCUGUGAGCUGAACAACUUACCCCGUGAAGUACAGACAGUUGUCAGCAGCAGACCAGGAAGUGCCUGGAAGCUGGAGCUGAGGAUCAGGUUGUACUGCCGCAGGGUUUUAUUGAACCACUGGAUUUAUCGGAGGGACUGUGCCUUUUGGCUGACUCGGAUUUUAAAGCCUUGGCCCAUGGUGAAUCAAGCCCGCCUGCUGUAUGUCAUCUUUGGGCCAGUGUCCUCUCUUGAUGGACACGUGGCUUGGCAUAAAAUGGUAGAAGGACCAAGUGAUGAGACCAGUCUGAAGGGUCUAGCAGAAGCAAUUAAACUGCUCUAUGAUAGAGAAGCUAGAGAAUGGACAACUGAUGAUGUCAUCAGUCUCGUGGAUGAGCUCUCAGUGGUUCCCCAGAAGUGGAUGAUGGAGAACAAUGCUCGGCUGCUUCAUCUGAGUGGAAAAAACAUUUGCUUUACAUUCAUGUCCAGCAAAGCUGUGAAUGGGAGAACAGCCGAGUUAGCCAAGCUCACAGUCUUCCUGGCUUUGGUCUGUGAGAAGGAUGUGCACUGCAUGGACUGGGCAGUAAAAAUGAUGCAGAAGGUCUGCAAAGCUUUCAUCACUCUAAGGGAGAAGAAGAACUUCCUGCAGUCCGUGGAGAAUGCCUUUGCUCACGUGAUGAUGGACAUGCUGCAGAGAGUGCUGUCAGGGGACCGUGACGAAGAGAACGGCAGCUUUUUUGAGCUGUUUCACUUUAUAAAUGCCCAGACAAACUUCCAUAAAAAAAUCAUGUUCCUGAGCAUCACGAGAAGCAACAGCAGCAGCCACUACAUGCUCUGA